UGGAUCACUUCAUAUCUGAACAGAAAAUGUCUGAAUGUCGUAAACAGUCGUAAAUUUAUUGUGUUAUACGCGUACCCAACACACACACAACAUCCUAAUCUUAUCUUUGCACAUUUUUGUUUUCAUUGGAAUCAGCGAUAAGAAGUGGAUUAUUCACACCUCUUACAACACACAUUUCGCCAGAAAAUCGUUCUUCCUUUCAGUUCAUAUUCAUUCCAUUUGUGUUUACUUUUUCGUUUGACUCAAAACAGACAGCCUAAAAUGCAAAAUUAAUCAUCAAAAUGGCACAGUGAUUAAAUGAUAAAGAAAAGCAGAGUUUUGUGUUGGAAAAAUGAAAAUUGUCGCAAAGAAAAAUUGAACGAAAAUUGAAACUAAUUGAAACCGACUGAAAGCAAUGUGUGUUGACAAUGUUUAGCCAAUCGAAAACGUAUUGUGUGACGGUCUGUCUACUGUUGAUAGGAGUCAAUUGCUUCGACGAAUGGGAAGCGAUCCACACUGAUCUGGAAAUCGAAGCACCGUGUACAUUUGACAAUGACGACGGCGGACGUACGUGCAAUUGUGGAUUUCGCAAUGAGAGGAUGUAUUUGCCUCUCAUGGAUGGUAACAUAUUUCAAAUACGAGUUUUGAACUGUAAGAUAUUGCGCAUAAAAAGCGGAACAUUCGCAAGUCUGUCGAUGCUGUCACGGGUCAGUUUUACAAACGUUGAAGAUCUCAUACUGGACACAUAUUCAUUAGAUUUUCCGGUGCGUUUGCCAUCGAAUCGCGUACGAUUGAACUUUUCCAAUACAAUAAUCGAAGAGGUACCAUCACAUACCAUAAAUGGUAAUGUUGACGUCAUUGCGUUCGAUAGUUGCCGUAUCGGGGCGAUACGUGCAUUCGCAGUCAAUGGAUUGGUACAAAAGGCGUUCGGAUUGUACAUAAGAAAUUCGAUUAUCGGACGAAUCGAUGGACAGGCACUAAAGAAAUUCACCGUCGACCAGUUUGUGAUGGAUAAUGUAACCAUCUCGUCACCGAUUCCGUCCCGAGCUGUUUAUGAUAUGACCGUCGACGAUGUAUGCUCAAUAGUCAAUUCAAAUUUCACAACCAUACAUUCCGGCGCAUUCAUGUUUCAAGAAGUGAAUGACUUUCGGUUUCAAGGGAACUAUAUUGAAGAAUUGAUUGGUGCCAGCCUACAAAUGCCAGUGAAAAAGUCUGUACUGAUACAGGACAAUACCAUACUAUCGUUGAGUAGUACAGCAUUUCGAUCUAUAAGUCUACAUCCCAGCUACUUUAACCAUCACAGUGAACCGAUGGAAUUCGAAUUCAUUUCGAACACCGUCAGUAUACCCGACGUCACUGUCACGCUGGUAUUUUCGACAGCAUUUCGGAUGAAAAUUUCCAAAAUCCAUUUCAUCAAUCCCGUAUCGUGUGCGGGAGCCGAAGUUUUGUCGCACAGUGAAUUUAUCAUGGAUCAUGGUGACUCGUUGUACUUCAGAGUGGACGAUGUAACGCUAGCCGAAGACCCAACCGUUUACCAUACAUUCUCGCACAUAUUCAGUCAUCUUUGCAUCAAAGCAUCGUAUUUGAUGUACAUCAUUAUCGGUGUCGUUGUGUUUCUGAUAUUGGCCAUAAUUGUCGCCGUUACGGUUACGGUAGUCGUUUUGAAACGCAGACGGGCUAGACAAUUAAAUGUGGUCAUGCCCGAAGGUAAAACGUACCGUGAAACGCAGAUCAUUAUGCAAAUUGAAAAUGCAGGGCUUUUGAAGACUGACUUAUAAAGAGAGAUAUCCGUUGUUUGGUUUUGUUUCUUGUUUUUUUGAUUUUUAAUACGAAUUGUGAUUUUUAUAACUUCUAUAAGAAGGCCGUACAUAUGUGUUAUUUAAGUGAAAAUUAUUUAAAAUGAAUGAAUGAAUAAACUAUCCUGAAAAAGGAAAAACUUUCCAGAAUAAUUUGU